AUGGGCCAAGGCGGCAGCGGGGCAGGGCAGCACGGCAGCCAGGGGAGCCCUGCGGCCCCGAGGCGCGCGGCGGGGGCGCCCGAGCUCGCGCAGGGGCGCUCCGCGACGGCGAGCAGCGGAGCUAGUAGCGAUGCAGCAGCAAGCUCCUCCUCCUCCUCCUCCUCCUCCUGCUGCUGCUGUGUCCACCAUGUCCGGAGACAACAAGGCCAGCCAGCCGACGUGCUACAAGCCUACAACUGCUACUUCCUGAUCUGCCUCUUGCUCUUCCUGGGUGGCCUCGUCGAGGUCUUGAGCUGGAUCUUGUUCUUCUGCUGGCCCCACAAAAUUCACGCCACCCUCGCGUCCGCCACCCUCUCCAACCUCACCGUCUCCAACGCCUCCACCGCUGCAGAGGUCUCCUACAACCUCGCCGCCACCCUCAGACUCUACAACCCCAGCUCGGAUGUCAGCAUUUACUACGAUACCAUCAGCGCCGAGCUCCGCUUCCGCGACGCCGUCCUCGGCCCGGCCGCCAAAGGCACCUCCCCGGCCGAGUUCUACCAGCGCAGGAAGACCACUGACCACGUGAAGCUUGAGUUCGACUACGGCCGGGGCGUCGCAGUUCCCAGCGACGUGGUCGGGGAGCUCGAGACUGAGGUCAAGAGCGGGGGGGCGAUCAACAUGGAGCUCUACGUGCACCUGCGGGUGAGAUACAAGUUCGAGCUUUUCAAGAUGCGGGAGAAGCCGGAGCUGUGA